AACACGGCACAGGGCUCCUCUCCGCUGAAUGCUGCAGUGGAUUUUGCUUGCUUGCUUUCGCGUCCCAAAAGUGUCAAAGAAGACACGUGUUUGUUGAUGGGAGGAAAAAAAAGUUGAACGUUAACACAGCGUGACAUCCGGCAGGCAGCAGAGACGAUCGUUUGCUCCAGCGGAUUCGCCCCGUUUACACCUCAAGUUGUUGGAGCCGGCUGAGAUGAGUGGUCCCGAGGUGGCCAAGACACCGGGGGGAGGCGCGCCAGGGAAGGAGGGCAAAGAGCCGGUGGCUAACGGACAUGCGGGCGACACCAACGACGCCAACCCCUUUGCCGAAUACAUGUGGAUGGAGAAUGAGGAGGAGUAUAACAGACAGGUGGAAGAAGAGCUGCUGGAGCAAGAGUUCCUGGACCGCUGCUUCCAGGAGAUGCUGGAGGAAGAGGACCAGCACUGGUUCAUCCCGUCACGUGAUCUCAACAAUCAAGGGGUGGAGCAACUGCAGCAGCAGCUCAACGGCCUGUCUGUCAGCGAACACCACAACAGUCUGGAGGAAGUGGCGAGGAAGAGCAUGUUGAACCCCGAAGCCAAGGAGUUUGUCCCUGGGAAGAAAUACUAGAAGUCCCCCUCACCCCUAUGGAGCCUACACGCACGUGCACCAGUCCUCACGCAUUCUCAAGAGACUCUGGCGGCCAUGAGUCAGCACACUGAUUCUCACGCGCACGCACGCACACACACACAUACACACACAUGCACACACAACCACCGUGUGAUUAGGCCCAGUCGGGGGGUGGGGGGAUUAUUUCUUCGUUUUGUUCCCUUUCUUUUUAUUUCUUGUUUCUUGCGAACCGAGCGACACUUUGGAGCGGGGUCUCGACACAUGUCCGGCCCUACGACGGGGGCCUCCGCGCGGCCACACUUCCCAAUACACGGCAGAGGGGGCGUGCGCCCACCGAGCCCCCCUACACAGACACACAUCGCCCCCAACCCCUCCCCCGCGGGAAUUGCGGCAGCUACCGAGCGAUUGACGCCAGACUCAACAACUUGAACCGAGUGUAACAAUAAACUUAAAAAAUGACCUCGCACACAUUUUGUGUUUGGUCAAAUUGGACAUCAAAGCGGUUGAAGGUUUCCUUAGCCCAAAUUUCGGAGGGCGCGGUGGGCCACUCUGCCCGUCUAUCAAAGGCCCCGCGACGCAUUGACGCCCGCGAUGUCACAGAGCCUGCCAAUUUUGCAGGAUGCUACAAAGACCGAUCCAAACGCUCGGGCGUGAUCGCAGGGGACCGGCGGCUGACAUUCUUACUUAUUCGUCCGGCCUCCCAACAAGUGUCCAUACUCGCAUGGGAUUUUCAAAUGGCCUCUUCCCCACUUUGGUUUUGUCCUUCUCAUCCUGUUUAGAGGACGGAGGUGUUUGGGUCCGCUCCGCCCCGUCACGUGGGCGAUAUCUGUCUGGGCUGAUUGUCACCGUAACAACCCCCCCCCCCCCCCCCCCAAUCGCACGUAGGAGGAAGUUCCUCUCGUGAGCCUGAUUUGGCGUGAGUUGUAGGAGAUGGUCGCACGGAUAUGCCCCGUCAGCUCGGUAGUUUUUGUUGUCCUACUUUUGUGUAAUAAACUUGACUGUUAAUGAGUAGAAACAUUUCACUUUGCCACCGUCAAGUUGAGUUUAUUUGAACAUGGGGUUAAAGCGGAACUUCCUCAUGUUUGCCAGGUGGGUUGUGCAACUUCAAAUCGUUUUUGGCUGAUUUUUGUUCAAGUUAGUUGACACGAGCCGUGAGAGUUAAAGAGGUCCAAAGACAGAGUAUUCAUUUCAAUACAAAGAAUGAAUAAAAGAUAUUCAAGGCAAA